AUGACUGUGCUUCGAAACAACAAAGACAGCUUGAUGGCUGUUCUAGAGGCUUUUGUGUAUGACCCAUUGCUAAAUUGGCGUCUAAUGGAGGCUGGCGUCUGUGCUCGGAGAACAGCAGCUGCAACUGCUGGUGCUACAGUUGUUGGGACAAAUCCUAUAAGUGCCAGCCUCUGCUGCUACUACCGUUUCGGGAAGAAACGAGCAUGGCUACUAGUUUUCCAGCUUCUCUAG